AUGAAUGAGAGGGAGGGGGGAGAACUUUGACACCGAGGGCCAGAGGACAGGUUUGCGAGACAGGAGAGGAUUCAGAGAGAGAGAAACACAGACUUUAUAACUUCUGAAGUCACCAACAACACGCCUGCCCCACAGGCAGAGGGAAAAGAAAGAGGCGAGAGAAGAAGAAUGAGAGAGUUGAUUGUCUAGAAAGGGUGCAUAACUUUGUGACUGUGGGAUUGUGUGUUUGGGAACCCAAACUUUUGGAUUCAGUCUGGAUGGGAAUUCCUGCUGUGCGUUUCAGAUGGGGAUUGUUCCAUGAACUGCUGGAUCUUGUUACUGAUAGCUGAUGGCGAUGACAGCCCUGUUCCGAAUGAAAUGGGGACAUAAACCUCAAGUGGUCCAGAACAAAAUUCAGACGCCAGUGCCCCAUCUGCCCAGCGAGGAUGACGAUGACGACGAAGAGAAGUUGUCAAGCGGACCUCCGAUUCGCAGGAAUUCACGCUUUUACCGCUCAAUGAGAAAGAAAAAGUUGUCUUCAUCUUCAGAUCAACAAGAAAGCCCCUCCUCCUCUCCUAAACCAGCAGUGGACCCUGCCUCCUACAAUAGACUCAGCCCCUCUGCAGCGAAUCGACCCCCACCCUCUCCUAGAAUGCAAACUCCACCUUUCCGUUCUGGAAUCUCGUUGCCGAGCAACGGGAGUACUGUGCUGGGAGGAGUUCGCUCUCGGUCUCCGUUGGCGACGCCGGGAGAUUGGCCCCGUAGACAAGACAUGGAAGAGCUGAGUGAACGGACGACAAGUGCCUGCACUAUGCAGGACAAAGAUAUUCACGCCACUGCCGACCCUGACAACAUCACACUCCGGCUGGUGAGGAAUGGUGACAGUCCGCAGAAGAUGGCAGUAGAGAAUUCCUGCCGCAAUCUCAACAUCGUGAAGAGUGUCGAUGUUUUGUAUCAAGAGUACCGCGACACUUCUAAGCAGCAGGAGAUCGAGCAGCGUCGACAGAGAGAUGGGCUUCCGACUGCAGGGUCAGGGGUCACGGCUGCGCCUGCGUUGCAGCUGCAGUUGAGGAACAGCAUGCACUCACUGAGCCUCUGGCAAAACUUGGAUGCUGUGAAGAGCAGUGGACACCUAGAUACGCUGGAGCCAAAGGAGAUUAUACUGCAGGAGGCCAUGUUCGAACUGGUGACCUCUGAGGCGUCGUACUACAAAAGCCUGGAGCUGCUGGAGACCCACUUUCUGCGUAACCCUCUGCUUGUCAACACCUUGAGUCAGUCUGACAUGCACUUCCUGUUCUCCAACAUUGAGGACAUCAUGAAGGCAAGCGAGAGGUUCCUCAUGGAUCUGGAGCACAGGAUCGAAGAGUCCAUCCUGAUCUCAGACGUGUGCGACAUUGUUUAUUUUCACGCUGUUAACCACUUCCAAGUCUUCAUCAGCUACGUCAUCAACCAGGCGUACCAGGAGAAGAACUACCGACGGAUACUACAAGAAAACGCUCUUUUCCGAGAGAAAAUGUCCAUCCUGGAGAAUCAGCCGAAAGUGAAGGGCCUCUCGUUUAUCUUCCUCAUCCUCCCUUUCCAGCGAAUCACACGACUCAAGCUACUUGUUCAGAAUAUACUAAAGAAGGUGGAGGAAAAUUCCGAAAGAGAAAAGACGGCCAUAUUAGCUCAUCAGGAGUUGGAAAGGAUUGUGAAGGAGUGCAAUGAAGGUGUGAGGAAGAUGAGUCGCACUGAGGAGCUGAUCAGCAUCGAGAAAACGCUCGAAUUCAAGUCAAAGUCAGUGCCAGUGAUCUCUCACUCUCGCUGGCUGCUGAAGAAGGGUGAGGUGCAGCAGAUGUCUGGACCCAAGAGCACUAGGACCAUGCGCAGCCGCAAACUCUACCACCCCAUUUACCUGUUCCUGUUCAAUAACCUGCUGCUCAUCACCAAACGCAGCUCCAGUGGAGAGAAGUACCAGGUUCUGGACUCCUGCAGUCGCUCCAUGCUGAGGACUGAAGACCUGGAGGAUCAGGGUCAGAUGCUGGCCAGUGUGUUUGUGCUAAAACUGCUGGAGAACCAGGAGGACAGAGAAGUCAGCUACAUGCUCAAGACUGAAAGCAUAAGCGAUAAACUGCGCUGGAUAUAUGCUUUGACUCCAAACCGCCGUACAAGAUUCCUCUCAACCAGCGCUCACCAACCAGAUUCUCCACAGGUUCAGUGUAUCCAGUCCUACUCCUCUCAGGAACCUGAUGAGCUCUCUGUAGAAAUGGCUGAUGUGCUUCACAUUCUGGAGUGUACAGAUGACGGGUGGAUGUUUGGUGAAAGGUUGCAUGAUGGCGAGAGAGGUUGGUUCCCCAUCCGUGUGGUGGAGAGGAUCAUGAACGCAGAAAUUCGGGCUCAGAACCUCAAAGAGUGUCAGCGGAUCCAGCAGGCUCAGGAAGGAGCGCAGGGGGCCAGAGCCGCCUCCAGGGGGCGCCGCCCUGCUAAAAGUCCCCAGUACACUCCCACCUGGACUGACCUGUAGAUAAGGAGCUAGAAAUGACAUCACAUAACCGCCACCAUUCGUUCUCCUAAUUCCUGACCCGGAAGCGACGUCAUCUAGAUGUACGGUGGACUGAUAGUCAUUCUGUGUCCAGUGUUUUAUUGAAUACGUGUCCGGCGUCACUCUGAGGACUCGACAGGGUCGUGGAACAGCUCUUGCACUAUAAGCACUUGUGUUUUUGAAUCGCUGCUUCCAUACAGUCCUAACACGCUGUUAGCAUGAAGGAUUUCAACUUCCGCAGUCACACACGGGGACCACUUUUCUGACGGUGAAGGAAAAACAAAUGCUACGUCAGGACUUUCGUAAAGUCAUAAUGCUUCUCUCGAAAAGGAAUGUAUUAAUGUGCAUGGUCACACCUUUACUGACAAUACAGGUUUGUGUUUUUAACUAACCUCUGAGGACAAAGAGGAUGUACUGUACCGUGUGGAGCUCAUUCUCCUCUCAUCCACUUGAAGAACAAAAUGAAAAAAAGAGAGAAAAUGAACAAAGUUAAUCAACUGCACAUAUCUGGAGUUUUAAAUGCAAUUUUUUUCAUGUCCUUAAACGUGAUACAUGGAAGUAAAAAAUGCAGAUGAAGAACACUGAGGCGUUUUUUGCACGUGCUGCAUGAAUCACACACACACAUUAAACAAUGUUUUUCCUACACAAACACACUACACACACGAGAGUCAAACUUGUUAAACCAGUCUAACACCGUGUCCUAACCAGAUGCGACACGGGAACUUUUCAGUGACAAGCCAUUUGUUCACACUGAAAGCAAAAUGCUCAGUGACGUCAUGUGACACAGUGAUGUUUAACAUCAACCAAUCACUUUUUUGAUAGACAUCACUUAAUAUGUCAUUAUUAGAAGUCUCGUUAUACACAAAAAAAGAUUGCCUUUUUGUUUACUCUUGAAUGCACAAUGCGUUAAAAAAAAAUAAUUAUAUGUAAUUUUAUUUUUGAAGUCUGUUAUUGGAAUGUAAUCUUGUCAUAUAUUUUUUGAGAUUUCAAUUCUUGGUCCGCAAUCAUCCAAAAUCGCAUACUUCCUUACUAUAUAGUAUGUAUAUGACUAAAGAAGUAUGUCAGAAUUCACAGGACUUCUGAAGUGUGCAUACAAUGGACACUUUACUAUCCCAUGAGGCCACGGGAGAGGAUUUAUGAGUGAAGGUGAAGCGACGCAACUGACGCUUUUAGGUCACAUGAUAAUGACAGCAUGGUGAAUGUAUUAGUAUGUCUGGAUUACAUUCAUACUACACACAUUCAUAGUAUAUAGAACAUAUUUUGAAUAAGUAAUUUCUUCAUUACUGCUAAUAAACUAAGUACACUCAAGAGAGUAGGCGAUUUUGGAUGCAGCCCUUAUGAAAAUAUUAUAAAUAUAGCAAAUAUGAGAUGCAAUUGAAUGACUAGGAAAUAGCUGUCUGGAAGCGCAAACAAGUGAACUGACUUUCCUUAAAGUGAUAGUUCACCCAAAAAUGAAGUUUCAUCUUCAUGUCAUUCUAAACCCACAAUAUUUUCUUUCGUGAACCACAAAAGGAGAUUUUUUUAGGCACUAUUUUUUUUGUAGCAUGACGCCUGUUAUAGCUAGUUAUCGCAUGCUUUUGUCACUUUAUUACGUCGCAUCUGGUUUGGACACAGUUUAACAAUCUUUUCCAAGAGAGAAUGUAACUUCCAUGUGAGAUGAGUCUUGCUGCUCUGGAGUAGGUGUUUUUAUAGCUGUGUGCAUGUUCUUAUGAAAACAUGUGGUAAAGAGUUAUUGCCAAAUAAUUGUCCCAUUUCAUUUUGUAAAAAGAUAAUUUAUUGUUAAUGAAAAUACAUCUUGAAUGUUGAGACCUUGUCACCCCUGUCUCAUCUCAUCUAAUAAAUGACAAACACCCA